GAGGAUUUCUUCACACUCCCCACCCCCUCAAAGGGCAAAUGUGUGUUCUGUUCGCCACUCCACCUCAGGUUUUUCGAAUAUUUUUACCUAGCCUCAGUGCUCACUCCUAAAGAAAUAUACCUUUCUUUCUGUGUGGAAAGCAUCAGUGAUGUAUCCUGACAUAAUUAAGCAGUGGGAGAUGUAAGCAUGUUGUAUGUGAAAACAAGUAGUUCUCCUUUUAUGUGUCUCUAGCUAGUAAAUGAGACGAGUUACCAAGGUACGGUGAGGAAGUGUGAUGUCACAUGCAGUUCUUACAGGAAACAAGAGUGAAGGGGAACUUCAGCGUUUGGUGCUCUCCAACGGAUUAAAACAACCCAGAUUACACCAUAAAUUCAGGAAAAGUUGGACUUUAGACCAUGCCUGUCCCUCCUCCUCCAGCUCCGCCCCCUCCCCCAACAUUAGCAGUGGCAAAUACUGAAAAGCCAGCCUUAAACAGGUCUGAACAAGUAGGGCGGAAUGCUCUUUUGAAUGAUAUUACCAAAGGAAAAAAGCUAAAGAAAGCUGUUACUAAUGACAGAAGUGCCCCAGUCCUAGACAAACCCAAAGGCUCUGGUGGUGGUGGCGGCGGCAGCAGCAGUUUUGGAGGAGGCGGCGGUGGAGGAGGUGCCGGCAGUGGGGGUGGUGGUGGCUAUGGAGGAGGUGGGCCACCUGGCUUAGGAGGGCUGUUUCAAUCAGGAAUGCCAAAGCUCAGAUCUGCAGCAAAUCGAGAUACUGAUUCUGGAGGAAGCAGACCACCAAUACUACCACCAGGAGGAAGAACAACAUCUGCCAAGCCCUUUUCACCUCCAGUGGGUGCAGGGCGAUUCCCAGGACCACCACCUUCAGGGCCAAGAACUGCUGCUCCUGAACCACAAAGAAACCGAAUGCCUCCUCCAAGACCUGAUUUUAGUUCCAAACAUGACAUGGGACCCCCUCCAGUGCCCAAUACUCCAAGACCCAUUCCAUCAGGUCUGCACAACAGAGGGUCCCCUCCUGUUCCAGGAUUAAACAGGCAAAGCAAUACAGUGCCUACCCCUCCACCUUUCCUAGGAAACCGAAAUGCAGGAUUUGGAGGAUCUGUUCGCCAGUCAACUUCAAGUUCCUCAUCCCCUAACCGGCCUCCCCUUCCUCCUACACCUAGCAGGUCAACAGAUGACAAGCCAUCACCACCACCACCACCACCUCCAACAGGAAACAGGCCACUCCUCAACAGGGAAAGUUCCUUACCACCUCCUCCACCUCAGAAUAAUAAACCUCCUGUUCCUUCCACACCUCGACCAUCCCUUGGGUCACAGGCUCCCCCACCACCUCCAAGCCGACCAGGCCCACCUCCAGUUCCACCCACUUCCAGUGGAAAUGAUGAAAUGCCACGGCUUCCCCAAAGGAAUUUAUCUCUAGGUUCUCUUUCUUCACCCAGUUUGCCAGGGGCUGGUCGUUCUGGUCCUCUUCCUCCCCCUCCAAGUGAGAGACCACCUCCUCCCAUAAGAGAUCCACCUAGCAGAUCAGGACCACUUCCCCCUCCUCCUCCUUUAAGCAGAAACAAUAGCACUUCACGGGCGUUGCCUGCUACUCCACAGUUACCUUCCAGAGCAGGAUUAGAAACCCAGAGAGGUGGAGUAAGGCCUCCACUUCCUCCUGAGAGACCUGGCUCUGGAGCUCCUCUACCACCACCUCCACCCUCAUCAGCAAUCAGAAAUGGGUUCCAGGACUCAUCAUGUGAAGAUGAGUGGGAAAGCAGAUUUUCUUUCCAUCCAAUAUCUGACUUGCCCCCUCCAGAGCCAUAUGUACCAAUGGCUAAAAGUUAUCCCAGUAAACUGGCAAGGAAUGAAAGCCGAAGUAGCUCUGCAAGAAAGGAAAGAGGUGCCCCACCACUUCCACCCAUACCGAGGUGAAGUGAGUUCAGGCCCUUCUCAAGAUGACUGCUGUUUUUAAUUUUUAUAAUUACCUUUCAUGUCCACAUCAUUUGAAAGAUGGCUUUUUUAAUUAUUAUUUCCAUAUUUGACUUGUGGGUUGGAGUAAUUUUCUGAAUCUCUAUUACAAAAGUGUUUUAUGAAUUAUAGUUGUUUAGAAUUAUCUUUUUUUUUUCCUUGUUUGCUUAAACUGUAGGCUGUCAUAAAAAAGCAUUUUGAGAGGACAACAUAUGGCAAUAUCUAUGUAUGCUUAUUGGUGCAGUUCUCUUACUGGUGAACUCAAUAGAUCCUUGAAUUCAAAAAAAGCAGGAGCAAACCCACUACUAGUUUUGGGUGCUGUGGUUUUACCAUUUGAGCUAUGAGGUACAAUCUUGAGUUCUGCAUGAAAACUCAUCACCUGGGAAUACUUCAUGAAUGGUGUUCCCUUGUAACUUUUCUUUGUAUGCUUCAAAUACUAUCCAGCUAUGUGAAUUUGCUGCUCGGAAAUCAACCAGAAUUCUUUUAACCACAGGUUAGCUAGUAAAUAUAUUUUCUACGCUACUGAGGACAUACUGGGCCUCUAAGGAGAACAAGUAUUUCCAGCCUUUUUUGGCCAGAGGAAGGAUUGCCAUGACACAGAGGGGGAAAUCCUCCAAAGAGAAAAAUAAAUUGUCAGAGUUUAGGAGUGUUUUAACAAACAAAUAAACAAAAAGUACCUUGUAUUGUCCUGUUCCAUUGUUUUGUAACAUUCUUAUGCUUUUUGUUAUAUAUUGAGUCUUUCCUUCGGAAGCUGACCAUGCCACAGUUCUCCAUGUCCUCAGAACUGGAUUACUGUAAUGCUCAAGGCUACAUCACUGUCUGUGCCAGAUCAAGAGAAGUGGGGUGUAUUGGCUGCCAUACUUUGCUCAAGGUUCCAUCUCUGCAUCCUUUCUCCAGGCUAUCUCCUAAGAGGGAUUCAGGAGAGAUCUGAGGAAUUUUCCCUUAAUAGAAGAACAAACAAUAAUUUUUAAGGCAUUGGAUGAUUGAUACAUUUGUACAAUUGUUUUUAAAUAUUGUACAUGAGCAGCAAGUGUUUGGUUGAAUUAGUGUGUUUUAUAGACUGAGAUAAAUAAAUGUAAAAAGCCAAUGGAAACUAUAGAAGGACUAUGAUUCUGGAUCUUAACUUGAUGGACGAAUGUAUUUUUAUCAGCUGGACUCCUGAAAGUUAGUUUUGAAGAGCUUCUUUGCCCUACCUCCUCAGUGCUAUUGGACUUUCUCGGUGUGCUCUUUGGAGACUAUAAAAUAUCCUUUACUGGUGGCUAUGUUUCAUAUUGUGUGACUCAUUAAAUCAGAAUCAGUAGUCAUGUAGGUUAGAGAAUAAAUUGGAUAAAUUGCCAGCUUCGUUGGCAUGGAAGACAUGAUCCUGGAGGAAGCUCUGUGAAGAGAUUAUAACAUGAAACUCGGAGACCUACAUUUGAAACUGGGAUUCUUAGAAAGGAACGGAAAUGUCUACAGUGGGACCAUGUAAGUGACCAUGAAGAUCCAGAUCCCUGCCUUACAAUCUGUGCAGUCUCACAGAGAAGCGUUAGAGUAGGAUUUGGUACAUAACAAAUAGAGUUUUUUCUUUCUAUUAGAUGUUUACAAAGUCAUAUUUGGAUUUUUACCUAUGAUUGUUUACUAUUACAUACUUUUAUUUUUUACAUUUUAGUAUCUAACAACUUGUUUCUGAGAUAUGGCCCUGACCCUGUAGUGAAUCCCACCCAGAUGCAUCUAAUUGAAGAAUCAGGGCCAUGAGAUUUUUUUUGCACAGACUAAUGGCAGCUCUGUGUUUGAAAUGUAUUUAAGAAUCAAGCCCAUUUCCUAGCAGUUGACCUGUAAAUGUAUUAACCAGUAACAUAAAAAGGGUUAGCAGCCUGGUGCCAACACAGAGGGGUGCCAGAAUGGCAGCCCCUGUGGAAUCCAUGCUGUAGCAAUAGUAGCAACCCUGCACCACUACCAGCAACAGUUGGGGCACAGGGACACUGCACUGUGGCAACCAGGGACUUUGAGUUCCCCAGGACAGGUAAGACUCCUGCCCUCACUCCUCCCCCUAUACUUAACAUUCACCCUUGGUGCUAGGUGGCACACUCAUACCCUACCACCACCUCGCCCCACUGUCUGACGUGGUUUUGCCCAGGGUGCAAAUCCUGCUAGGUACACUUCUGGUAUUAACAUCACUUUAAAGAAUGGCACUUAAACUUAUGUGUAUGAAAACUGUGAGCCUGCCUUUGGCAAGCUCUUGUGUGAAUGUAAAUCCAAAGAGGAUAUAAAAGAUCUAGUAAUGUUUAUGGGAUAAAAUAUUGUAUUUGUGUUGUUAAAUUGAAGCACUUAAAACUUUCUGAAGCAUGAUGUUACAAAUUUGAGAAUGCAGAAUUCUUAAUCACCAUGCCAAAGUUUUAAUAAAAUAUAUGAAUAGUUAUGCAUUGUAAAAACCGAGAGAAAUUCUAGAAGUUAAACAUCUUUAUAACUUAUCUGCUUACAAGACUCAUUGACAUAUUCAAAGCAAAAAUAUUAUGUCAUUAGGCUAGCUGUCUCCUCCAGCUGCAGCAUUCUACAUUCUGAAACUAUAACAAAGCCUUAGCAGAUUAGUGUUGGUCUAAUUUUACAAUGUGGCGUGGCCUUCAAGGAACUAAUCAAGGAAAAAUGAACUUAUUUUUUGGGAAACUCUGGCUUCUUUUUUAAAAGCACUUUCUCGGCUACUGGAACAUUCUUCAAAAUGCCCAUGCCAAACAUUCAUAAAAUAUUUUUAAUAAAAGCAAAAAUAGGCAUUUUCUAUCAAAAGUAUAUCUUUUGCUGUAAAAUUCACCAGAUUUAGUAAAAAGCAAUGCAGUAUUUUAGCAUUCAAUAUAUCUCUUUGUAUACACACAGAUAUUUACAAUAUAAUCAGUAUUAAGGUAUUUAUUUUACUAUGCAAUGUUUUUUAAAAAUUAUAUAAAAGCAGAAAACAAAACUGAUUAAUAGAAUGGUGCCUUACUACUUUGUUAAUCAAUUUUAAUGUCAAAAUAGCAAUUACUGCCUGUUUAGAAAAAGUAAUAGAAGUUAUGCUUUUAUGUCCUAAUGUGAAAUAUAAAAUAGUACUUACAACAAGAUGAUAUAGUUUAAGCCAAGUCCUGCAGUUGUAACUUUCUCUGCUAACUUCCAAGUGACUUAUAUGUAUAGAAAGACUUCAGGAUCAGGCCUUUGGGGGGGGGGGGGGGUGACUGGGAAUCCAUACAUUCCCAAUCAGUUUCUGGUACAAAUUGCAUCUAAAAAUGGAAUAUUUUUACUUUAAAAAAAUUACAAUCACUAGAGUCAAUGUGUACAUCUGCUAGAUCUGUACAAUUCAGUUGACUUCAGUGUGGUUGCACAAAUCUAUUGGAAAAAAAAUUGGUUUUGUAUAGUAUUUAGUGUGUCUGUUUUGAUGGCAUUGUGUUGUAAACAAGCUUUGUUUACUAAGACUCAAAUUGUGUGACAAUGACCCACUGAAAAUUAAUUUCUAUGCAAUCCACAUUAAAUAAAAUCAGAACAAUUUUUGUCACUUGA